AUGAAACGAGUUGUUAUGUUAUGUCUUGUUACACUGCUUUUGCUCAGUGUUUCAGUAACAGAAUCUAUAGCUAAUUCACAGACACAUAUAGACCAAGACAAGAAAAGUUUGGUGAGAAAAAGACACAGAAGAGUCAAAAGCAGAAGACAAAACCGAAGUAGAAACGGCGAAGCCUUUGCUACUAAAUGCGAUGUGUUCUUCUGGUGCGUGUUCGGCACUUGCGGUCAAUGGAAUUUCCCAAUUGUGCCUUGUCCUCAAAACCCUUUCCUGCCUCCCCCACAAGCUUUACCACCGCCUAUUUCACCACCACCACUUCCACCCCCGGUUGUCACACCCUGCCCACCACCACCGUCACCACCGUGUGUUACUUGUGUAGAAGCAUCACCACCACCAGCGCCAAUCCCCGUUCCUUGCCCACCUCCACCAUCGCCACCACCAUCGCCUCCUCCUCCCGUGCCUUGCAUUACUUGCGUCACAGCACCGGUAUUGUCUCCUCCUCCCGCGCCUUGCAUUACUUGUGUCACAGCUCCGGCAUCACCUCCACCUCAGCCUUGUAUUGUUUGCACCGCAGCACCUGCACCACCGGCUCCACCUGCACCAGUACCAGUACCUUGCCCACCGGUUAUCCCAUUUGUCCCUAUACCGAUUCUACUCCCUCCAUUAACACCUUUAUUUCCAUUUCACUCACCACCAACACCAUCAGCAACGCCUUCUCCAGUUCCGAUCCUACCUCCACCCACUCCGGUGCUCACACCACCAACACCAUCAGCAACGCCUUCUCCAGUUCCGAUCCUACCUCCACCCACUCCGGUGCUCACACCACCAACACCAUCAGCAACGCCUUCUCCAGUUCCGAUCCUACCUCCACCCACUCCUGUGCUCACACCACCAACACCAUCAGCAACGCCUUCUCCGGUUCCGAUCCUACCUCCACCCACUCCUGUGCUCACACCCCCAACACCAUCAGCAACGCCUUCUCCGAUUCCAAUACUAACUCCACCUACUCCGGUUCUACCCCUUCCGCCACCUUCUGCUCUUCUUCCACCACCAUUAUCUUCCUCUCUUCCAUCACCAACUUUUCCAUUAGUCUUAUCUCCACCACCAUCAGUACCUGGCGGCUCUGUUUCAACGCCACCGUUUACGAUGACACCACCUCCUCUUUUAAGUGGUGGAGAUCCGGUAAUCACCGGUUCACCUCCUCCUCUGUUACGUGGUUCCGCUCCAGGAAUCAUUAGAUCACCACCUCUUUUAGGCGGUGGAGCUCCAGGACUCACCGGUUCACCUCCUCCUCUUUUAGGCGGUGACACUCCAAAAAUCACCGGUUCACCUCCUCCUCUUUUAGGUGGUGGAGCUCCUGUAAUCACAAGUGCACCUCCUCCCCCUCUUUUACUUGGAGGAGCUCCAAGAAUCACUGGUUCACCUCCACUUUUAGGCGCCGAAGCCCCAAGUACUAACAGUGCACCUCCUCCUCCGUUGGUUGCCGACCUCCCGCCAAUGCCACCAAUGACAUGGUUUUCACCACCUGACCAAACCACCGGAUCUCCACCGCCAUCACCUGUUAUUCUCCUCCCUCCACCAUUAGAUCAUUCUACAUUAACACCACCAAAUGCACAAUUUUCACCGCCGGAUACAACCAUUGAAACUCCACUACCUUCACCAGAUACCCCUUCACUACUCCCACCACCGGUCGACAACUUUCCACUGACCCCAUCGCCACCAGACCAAUCUACGCCAGAGUUUUCACCACCUGAUGAAACAAUCGAGCCACCAAAUGACCCGCCAACACCAAUGCCACCAGUCCUUCCCGAGAUAUUGCCUCCGCCUGCUGAAAAUUUCCCGCCAAUUAUUCCUCCACCGGUUCAAGACAUACCUCCGAUACUACCACCACCAGACCAAUCUACACCAGAGUUUCCCCCACCUGAUGAAACAAUCGAGCCACCAAAUGACCAGCCAACACCAUUGCCACCACCAGUCCUUCCCGAGAUUUUGCCUCCACCUGUUGAAAAUUUCCCGCCAAUUAUUCCUCCACCAGUUCAAGACACACCUCCGAUCCUACAACCGCCUGAACAAACUACGCCAGAGUUUCCACCACCUGAUGAAACAAUCGAGCCACCAAUUGACCAGUCAACACCAACGCCAGUAGUCCUUCCCGUGAUUUUACCUCCACCAACUGAAAAUUUCCCGCCAAUCAUUCCUCCACCGGUUCAAGACCUCCCUCCGAUUUUACCACCACCGGUUCAAGACCUCCCUUCCAUUUUACCACCACCGGUUGAAGAUUUCCCGCCAAUUUUACCCCCACCGGUUCAAGAACUUCCGCCGAUUCUGCCUCCACCGGUUCAAGACUUUCCACCGGUUUUCACAACACCUCCGAUCGUACAAGAUCCACCGACAAUUCCAGUAUUCUCCACACCACCAGUUCUAGGAGAUUUGCCACCGCAAACUCCCGUCUUUACCACGCCACCGGAGGUAACGAAUCCAUGGCUACCGCCGGAGCAACCACCGGUAACAAUACCGGAAAAUCCAUAUCCAAACCCGGACACAGGUUCAAAUCAGCCGGUGGCUCAGCUUCCUGCACCCUCUUGGGAUUCCCCGCCAUUUAAUCGUUGA